GAGUCCCUGGGAAACAAUGGCAGGGCCCCACGGGAAAGCAGGCUGGGUGUGAUUUUGCGAGGCACAAGGUGCACGUGGCCUCUCCGUUCAGGGAGCGUGGGAGUCGCCCUAGUGUUUUAGGCAGAGCUGGGACACGGGCAAAGGUUGGGAACAGGGCAGGGCAUGCGGGUGAAUGGGACGGAAGUGCACCGCCCUGGCAGGAGUGGCAGCUGCCCCUGGGAGGACCUGACCCAGCUAGAGCAGUGCAAGCCAGGAAAACACAGGCAUGAGAGGCUUUCUGCCCACGUUCAGGGGAGUGGAGGGAGGCCCUGUCACAGACCUCUGAAGCUGCAGCCAUAAAUGGCAGCACACCAGGGAGGGCCAGGGCCAAGGAGCCCUCUGGAAGUGGUCAGUCCCUCCGUCUGUUGGCCCUCCAUCACCCAUCGCAGCUGUCACCCCAGUAAGCUGAGUCAGAGGCCUGGGUGGGCAGCGGCCAGGCUGUGCUAAACCAGCUCCGUGUCCCCAAACCAACUGCCUUCCUCCAGAAUUGUCCUUGAUGGGAACUUGAACUCCGCCCUGCAGAAUUCAGAUGGCCUCUGGCCCAUCCGCCAGGAAUGUCUUGGGCCUUGAACUCAACCACCUGCUCUGGCAAAAAUAUCCUGAGGACCCAGGGCUGCUUACCCCUUGCAGGGCCUCCUGGUCUACCCUGGCUCUCCUCUCCCUGUCUCCAUGCCACCCACUUGGUCCUAACUUCAUGUUAGAACUUCAGAAAGUUCUCCCUCACCCUUUCUACCCUCAGCUAAACUGCCACUAGGCCCUGUGGGUUCCCCCCACCCUGGAGAAGCACCCUUGCGUCAGUAGCACCCUUUGCGAUUUUCCUCCUCUUCCCCGACUUUGCUGGCUAAGGGAGCCUGGCUAUCCUGCAGCAGCCCUCACCGCCGUGAUACGCCCAUGGCCGAGCCUCCCUCUCCCAGGGGCCGCCUUCCCCAGUGCACAAUCCCCCUGUACUUCCUCAUAUUGGAAAUCCAGGACACCACCCUUUCUAUCUGUCAUGAUCGACUUACCUAAUUGUAAAAGUGAUCCAUGCAUUUCAUUAAAAAGUCAUAAAAGUAGAGAAAUAGAAAUACAUAUUUAUAUAUAAAUAUAAAACUCUAGUUCUACCCAGCCCCACCUUCUCAGGAGACACCCACACCUGUCUCCCUGUUGGUGAUCCCACUGAGGCUGCCACUGCGUCUCUGGAUUAGACUUGUUCAGGCAGAGUAGGAGAGAACCUGGCUCUUGCUGGUUUAGGCUGAAAAAUAGGUUAUUAAAAAUAUUCUGGGAUAAGCAUUUGGCUCAGUGGUUAAGACCCCCACUUGGACUCCCACAUCCCAUACCAGAGUGCCUGGGUUUGCGUCCUGGCCCCUCUCCCAAUCCAGCUUCGUGCUAGUAUGCACCCUGGGAGGCAGCAGGGGGGUACUUAGCUUCCUGCCACCCACACGAGAGACCUGGAUUGACUUCUGCACUCUUGGCCUCAGCCUGGCUUUGGCAUUUGGGGAGUGAGUUAUUAAGUGGAAGAUCUCUGUUUUUCUGCCUUUCUAGUAGAUGAAAAUAAAUUUUUUAAAAAAAUUCUGUACAGGGUGGGCAUUUGAUACAGCAGUUAAGAUGCCCCUUGAGAUGCCUGCAUCCACAUGGGAGCAUGCCCGAGUGUUGGUCCCAGGUCCACUCCCAGUGCCCAGCUGACUGCGCCCUGGGAAGCAGCAGUGAUGACUCAAGGGCUUGAGCCCAUCACCCACAUGGGAGACCCGGAUGGAGCUCUGGGCUCCUGAUUUUGGCCUGGCCCAGCCCUGGCUGUUACAGGCAUUUGGGGAGUGAACCAGUGGAUGAGAGAUUUUUUUAAUGUCUGUCCAUCUCUCCAAUAAAUGAAAUGAAUAAAUCUUUAAAAUGAGAGAAAUGUCCCUUUUUCAAAAAAAAAUGUUCUUUUUUAGAGUUUUUUUUUUUAAAUGUAUUCAUUUGAAUGUUUGUAUUUAUUUGUAAGAGUUACAGAGAGAAAGCGAGAGACAGAGAGAGCGAGCUUCCAUCUUCUGGUUCACUCCCCCAAAUGGUUACAACAGCCAGGGCUGGGCCAGGCCGAAGCCAGGAGCCAGGAGCUUCGUCCAGGUCUCCCCCAUGGAUGGCAGGGACCCAAGGGCUUGGGCCAUCUUGUGCUUCUUAGGUGCAUGAGCAGGGAUCUGGAUCACAAGUGGAGCCACUGGGACUUGAACUGGCACCCACAUGGGAGCUAAUGCUGCAGGUGGCAACUUAACCAGCUGUGCCACGGCACCGGUCCUCCCAAAUAUAUAUUCUUUAGGUAGAAGCAGGAUGGGACCUGCUGUGGGGUCCUGGGUGGGAUCGAGGUGACCGAGGACACAGUGAAGAAUCGGCCCACUGCUGGCGUCCUGUGAACAGAUUCACAAGGACUUAAUCUGGGCUUCUCGGGGUGCAGCUGCACAUCCUGCGGUGAUGUACUUGUCCGUUCUAGUCUAGCAAGCAGCUACCAACCUCUGAUCUCACUGAUGUUUCUGCGGUGUGUCUAGAGUCAGAUAAUGGGAACAUUGUGAUUCAGAGACACCAUGACGUCACAGUGACAGUGCACAAAAUGGCCCCUUGACUCUCAUCAGUUCCCCAGCAGCCUGUCACAGGGACUGGACACUACCUAUGUUGAUUAUUUUAUAGUGCUAUUCAAGUUCUGCUAGUGAAGUCAUUCAUUUAAUGUGCUUUGGGCACUUUUCUGCUUACUUAUUUAUUUUAGAGUAAGUUGAAACCCUGUAUGGACUGACCUAUCAAGACACUAAUAAGAGGGGCAGACCUUUGGCCUAGCAGUUAAGAUGCUGAUUGGUAGGGGCAUCCCAUAUGGACGCCGGUUCAAGUCCCAGCUGCUCCACUUUUGAUCCAGCUCUCUGCUAUGACCUGGGAAAGCAGUGGAGGAUGGCCCAGGUGCUUGGGCCUCUGCAACUGCAUGGGAGACCCAAAAGAGGCUCCUGGCUCCUGGCUUCAGAUCCGCACAGCUCCUGGCUCCUGGCUUCGGAUCCGCACAGCUCCGGCCAUUGCGGCCAAUUGGGGAGUGAACCAUUGCAUGGAAGACCUCUCUCGCUCUGCCUCUCUUUCUGUCUCUGUGUAACUUUGACUUUCAAAUAAAUAAAUAAAUCUUUUUUUAAAAAAAGAUGCUGAUCGGAACACUUGUUUCCUACGAGGGAAUGGCUGGGUUUCAGACCUGGUUCUAAUUCCAACUUCCUGCUCACGCAGACCCUGGGAAGCAGCAGUGAUGGCGCUAGUGGGUGGGUCCCUGCCACCCAUGUGGAGAGACCUGGAUUGAGUUACAGGCCCCUGACUAGCCCAGUCUUGACUGUUGUGAGCAUUUGGAGAGUGAACCAGUGAAUGGGAGAUCUCUAUCUGUCUCUCUCAGAUAAAUAUUUUAAAAUGUGAUUUUUUUAAAAAAAGAUUUUAUUUAUUUAUUUGAGAGGUAGAGUUAUAGGCAGCCAGAGGGAGAGACAGAGAAAAGGUCCUCUAUCCACUGGUUCACUCCCCAAUUGGACACAACAGCUGGAGUUGGGCCAAUCCAAAGCCCAGAGCCAGGAGCUUCCUCCGGGUCUCCCAUGUGGAAGCAGGGGCCCAAACAUUUGAGCCAUCUUUCACUGCUUUCUUAGGCCAUAGCGGAGAGCUGGAUCAAAAGUGGAGCAGCCAGGACUUGAACUGGUACCCAUAUGAGAUGCCAGUGCAGCAGGCAGAGGCUUAGCCCACUACACCACUGACCUCAGUGUGAGUUUCUAAUAAUUGUACUUCUAGGAAUUCAUCCCGAGGGAAUAUUUGUGGCAUAUUCAAACCAAUCUGAUGCCAAAGAUGGGGAAAGAGGAUGACCAAAUGUACUUUUGUGACUGGCGGGAGGCACAGCCACUGAAGCAGGCCCCCUCCCCCAGGUCUGUGCAGGCCAUGCCCCUGCCCAGAUGGCACAGGUGGAGUGCAUCCGCUGCCUGGGGCCUUGCAUUUUCCCAGCUGUGGCAUUUGCCUAUGCAAAGACCUGAGCAGAGGGAGGAGAUAGUGGUGGGGCCUGGGGAACUUAUUUUCAGAUUUGUCAUGGAGUGAGGUGGUGACCAGAGCCGCCUUCUCACUCUGGCCCACUGGGAGGUCCUCCUGGGUGAGGGAAGUCGCCCCUUGCCUUACACACCGAACAUGGAAGAAAGGGCAGCUGUGGGGUGGGGGACUGGGCCCAGUCCCUGACUCUCGUUUUUCCCUCUCUGCUGCCUGGGCUCCCUGUUAAGCCAGCACAAUGACUCCUCAGGGCUUCCUAAGUGUCCCUUUGCCUGCAGGUCCCAGGAGCCAGCUGGUCUUCUCUUAAGGCUGUGCCAGCAGUGGCCCAACCUUGUGGCCCCCAAGGACACAGACACACGGGCUUCACGCCGCCUCUGGCCCGGCAGCCAGAGGUCACAAGCACAAGGUCACAAGCACGAGAGAGGCCCAGGGCCCUACAUGGUCUCACAGGCCCUGGUGUGUUGUCCUCACAUACGCACUCUGGGUUAAGCAGAGUUAGUUACCAGGACCCUUGUCCUUCGUUUCCCCCCAGCGCUUCUCAGAAGUCAGGCAUCUAAAAUUCACUGGAGGGACGGAGCCUCUGGAAGUCACAGGCAGCUGCUUAAGGAGGCUUGAGUCCCGAUGAGCCUAAUGCUAUCCCCAGCAGGAGCGUCCACACGACCCUACAGGAGGUGCUGGAUGUUCCCUGGUUAGCAAACAGGCUCUGGGCCAGGCACACCGCAGACUGAAGGUCGUCUCUAGCAGGACCUUGGGAAAGUUACUCAACCUCUGGGAGACUGAGCUGUGUCCCCGCACCCUCUCUCCCCACUUGUGUGUGGAAGCUCCACCCACCCAAUAUGGCUGCACUUGAAGGCAGAGCUUCAGGGGAGGUGGUAAGGUUAAAGGGGUCACGAGAGGGAGCCCUAAUCCAGUAUCUUUGUAAGAAGAGGAAGAGGGGUGGGCAUUUGGCUGAGCGUUAGGAUGCCCACAUCCCAUAUCAGACUAUCUGGGUUCAAGUUGCGGCUCUACUUGCGAUUCCAGCUUUCUGCUAAUACGCACCUGGGAGGCAGAAGGUGAUGGCUCGGGUGGGUCCCUGCCACCCGAUGGGAGAUUCAGAUUGAGUUCUGGGCUCUGGGCUGUUGGCUAUUGUGAGCGUUUGGAGAAGGAACCAGCAGAUGGAAGAUGUUUGUGUGUGUUUCUCUACCUGCCUUUCGAAUACAAUGAAAAUAAAACUUUCACAGAAGAGGAAGCAUCCCCAGGGCUGCUGUCUGCCUGCAGGCAAAAGGUCAUGUGAGGACACAGGGAGAAGGCAGCUGUGCACAAGCCAGAGAGAGGCUGCAUGAGCAACCAACCCUCGUGGCACCUUCAUCUCAGACUACUAGAAAGUGAAAUUUCUGUUGUGUAAGCCCCGCAGUUUCUGGUUCCCUGUCAUGGUGGUUGGCGCUGACUAACCCUUGGUCUCCUCAUUUGAAAAGCAGGGAUAAAAUCAGUACUUGCAUCAUCAGGUUAUUUUGAGAAUGCAAUGAGGAAAUAUAUGUGAAAUGCCUGCCAGUUUAAUUUUGCUAUAGCACCUUCAGCACCUGGAACAAUGUCUCGUCUUCAGUGGAUGUUCGCUAAAUACCCACUGCAUAAAUUCAUCCAUCAGAAGUGGCAGCUGUCACGUUGAAUGUCACAGCCCAUUUCUUAGCUUUUUGCUAACCUUCUUUUCCUUGAUCACUAAUUUCUGAUCCACAGAAAAUGACAACUGUAGUGAAGGGGCUAAGAAAAGGGCCUGGGGCUGGUGCUGUGGUGUAGUGGGUUAAGCUGCUGCCUGCAGUGCUGGCAACCCAUAUGGGCACUGGUUCGAGUCCUGGCUGCUCCACUUUGGAUCCAGCUCUCUGCUAUGGCCUAGGAAAGCAGUAGAAGGUGGCCCAAGUCCUUGGGCCCCUGCACCCAUGUGGGACACCCGGAAGAAGCUCCUGGCUCCUGGCUUCAGAUCUGCACAGCUUUGGCCAUUGCAGCCAAUUGGGGAGUGAACCAGCAGAUGGAAGACCUCUCUCUCUGCCUCUCUUCCUCACUCUCUAUAACUCCAAUUUUCAAAUAAAUAAAUAAAUCUUUAAAAAAAGAAAAGAAAAAGAAAUGGGCCUGCAUGCCCCCCAGUUCUUUUCUUUCUUCCUUUGUUUUUAAAAGUUAUUUAUUUGAAAGGCAGAGUUAGAGUGGGGGGGAGAGAAAGAGUUUUCAUCCACUGGUUCACUUCCCAAAUGGCCACAACAGCCAGGGCUGAGCCAGGAGCUUCAUCUGGGUCACACAUUUGGGUGCAGCAUCUUCCACCGCUUUCCUAGGCACGUUAGCAGAGAGCUAGAUUAGAAGUGGAACAGCCAGGACUCUAACAUGCACCCAUAUGGAUGCCAGUGCAACAGGCGGUGACUUAACCCAUGUACCCUGGUGGCCACCCCACAGCUGCCAUUUCUAAUCGGAUCUGUGCGUUAACUUUCUGUUGUUGGUGAACUGGGAAAGGCAGCAUAGAGCUGUGAGCCCUGGGCCAGCUUAGCUCUUCCCGAGGCAGAGCCUGGAGACCAUAGCUGGGGGAAGCAGGCCUGGGGGUGAGGGGAGGGCUCCAGGAAAGCUGGGGCUAGGCCCUGGGAGUGUUCAGGGAAAGGCUGAUCUGGGAUAGGAAGCUGUAGACCCACCUUCCUGGUGCUUAGAGAUGCAAAUCACAGGGACAGUGGGGCUGUCUCUGUCUGCAGGCUGUUUAUGCCGGAUCCAGGUCCCAAGGAGGCACUGCACCUCUACCUCUGCCAUGGUGAGACUGGAACCUGGGGCCCACGACUGUGGGCAGGGAGAGGCCUCCCAGUUGCACUGGCCCUUGCCUCCACUCCCUUUCUGGCUCUUUACAGGACAAGCUCAGUAGGAUCAUGCCCUGGUGAGCCCUUGGGCUCCUCUCUAUCCUGCCGCCCCCUCUUUGGUCUCCACCCCGCACCCCUUCUUUGCAGAACACGGCCACCCUAGGAGCUGGGCUGGCUCUGCCCCGGCCUCCCCGCCCAGUGAGAGCAUUCAAGUGCCCCCCACCCCCGCCUCAGCAGCACUGGGGCUCCCCACCCCUGGCUUCUCAGGGCACCGACUUGUCCAGCUGUGCCCUCCUGGGCCCUAGCUCUCUCCCAGCCUCCUGCUGCUGCCCUGCUGCUCUGUGUCACCGCCUGGCCCCCAAUCGUAGUCUCAUGGCUCAGGGCUCCUGGAGUGCAGUGUCUGGCUUGCACAACCUCAGGGGUUCCUUGGGCACAGUUGACUAGAGUCUGCUUGCAGGUUGGGGCCCACCCCCAAGAGGCACCGGCAAGUGGCAGGGUAGGCCACUACGAGCUGGGUUUCCCUCAGGUACCUCUGGAUAGGUAGCUCCUGCUCACCAGAGUCCAGCACCACUAAGUCACCAGCGCCUGGUUCUUCCACCUGCCUAGGUCCAACAUGGGGUGCAGGGGCCAGGGACUGGCAUAGGUGGCACAGGCAGCUAGCUGGGAGGCCUUCUGUUUUCCAGAAUGCCUACCUCACUGGCCUGCUACCCUGUAGCGAGUGCCCAUCACGAGGGGUGCCUCUGAGUGAAGGACUGAAGCCCAAGGUCAAGUGCAGAUGGUGGUUUAUUCUGGGGAGAGUCAGGCCUGCGUGCUGGGAGGAGGUGAGGCCAGCCUGUCUGUCCAGACUCUCCAGCUUGGAAAGAAGAUGCCGCCAGCCCAGCUCUUCAGCUGCUCCAGGGGCCUGGAAAGGGGGAGGGUGUGUGUGUGUGGGGUAAGUCCAGCUGCUGAGGCCGGGCCGGGAGUCCUGGAGCCUCCCUGUACUCAGCGUCCCUUCUUGGAGGCCCAGCAGGAGGAAGAGGAGGAGGACAAAUAUGAGCUGCUGCCAUGUGAGGCUCUGCCCCUCCGUCUGGCCCCUGCCCACCUUGCUGGUACCGAGGAGGGCUCCUUGUACCUGGCUGAAGGCAGCCAUGAACCUACAGGUGGUCAGGACACAGGAGCCCAUCGUUGGGAAGCAAGGGCCGCGUCGGGCUACCUGUCUCCAGUUCCAUCCGUGUCACCGCUGCCCUGGCUGAGCAGAGACCUCCCCCUGUGUCAGGACAGGGAGCCAACACAAGAGGCCCCAGGGAGGGAAGCCGCCUCCUACCCAGUGGUUGGUAAACCUGAAUGUUUGCUCUCUGCAGCCCACCACAGCUCCUCAGGAAGCUCGGGAUGGAAGAGGCUGGUGGUCGGGGGAGAAGGGGCAGCAGCAGGGGGCAGCACCUCCAAAGGAGCUGGGGGCAGAGGCCAAGCUUCCCUGCCCAGGGACCCUCCCGGGCUGAGGCAGGUGCCCCUGCGAGGAGCACUGCCAUUGUGCCUCUCUGCUCUGCUAUGGGACUCGGGCGAGGUGGGCGGACCAGGGUUCUCUGCUCCUGCUCCCCCGGCAGACCCAGUGCCCUCGGCAGCUGUGUGUGUGUGUGUGUGUGUGUGUGCGCGCGUGCGUGUGCACGCGGGUGCGGAUGGCGGCUUGCUGGGGCGGCCUUGGUACUCGACCAACUCAGACCGUCAGGCUGUUGAGAGUGCCCUGCUCUGCUUCCACAAGGUGGGCAGCCACAGAUCCCGGGUCUUCUCUAAAAUCCCUUCUGAUGGGGCCUACAGCUCCCAGCCCCUCACCAUGGCUGUGCUCUGAGGCCCAGUCUACAACAUUCCCAUCCGCAGCCUGGAUGGUAGGAGCCAUUAUGCCCUGGCCCAGCAGAGCAGCCCCUUGGGCCCAGCCAAAAGCAUGUGCCUAGGGGAAAACUCCAUUUGUUUUCCUGGGCUGGGUCAAAAUGACAAAGGCCACAGCCCUGAACUCCACCCGAGACCUUUGGCACAUUGGGGAGAGGCCCAUCUUGCUCUGGGGGAGGUGGCCUCCUCCCACCAUGGCUCAGGCUGCACAGUUGGGGUGGGGGUGUUUGUACCUAGAAUGAAUCCAGCUGGGAGAAGGGCAGGAUCCAGGUUGUCUAGGCUCUUGUCUACUAACUCAGCAUUGCACCCCAGCAUUUGCAGUCAGCCCACACCAGAGAGCCAGGGCAGAGCGGGGCCUGAAGUUGUUUCCUUGGACUCUGAGCCUGGCCAGCAGCGUGCCUGCCCAUGGGCACGGUUAAAGGAAAACUGCAAUCAGGCAGCUGGAACUGGGGCUUCAUGGGACAAACAGGAAGGACAAUAUCUAACAAAUGUGCACAAGCCCCCUGGCCAGAGCCAUGCCAUUGCCUCAGGAAGUUUCUCACACAUGAGGUUUAAGGGGCUCACCAGAGCCUGUCUCCCUGCACAGCUCUUCUCCUCCGUGGUGGCCAAGGUCCAGCACUACCAGCAGCGCCCCCUGCCCCUUGUGGACAGGCACUGUGGCAGCUGGGGGCUCACUUGCCUGCUCUUCCCCACCAAGCCCUGAGGGCCAGGUACACAUCCACCUUUGCUCCUGGCCAUGUCGCACCUUGAGCUGUCUCCCUGUCUCCUGUCUCCCUCUCUCCAACUCUCCCCAGCCCUUGCAUGAGAAACCUUGGGAGAGAGGAAGGGUCCUGAAGGCCCCCACCCAGAGGCCUCCAGGAAUGGCAGGGGGUCCUCCCUGACUGCUGGGGUCUAGAGAGGUCGGCCUGCUCCUGGGAGCUGAGCCUCAGGGACAGUAAAAGGUACCCUUUCACAUUCUCCUGGGGGAGGGGCUGGGGUGCUCUGCACAUGGUACACUUUCAAUAAACAUCUGUCGAACCAAUCCUUGAAUCCGAGUGAAGCAGACUCCGGGGUUCUCAAGUGUGCCAGGGACGACUGAUUGGCAGCCACUCAUGCAGCUGCAACAGGCCAGGCCACAGCACAAAGCGCCAAGUCCCGUUUCUGCCUGGAUUGGGCCCUCCGCCCUUAGAUGGUCUGUGCCAAAGAGGACAAAAGCCAGGCGGCAGAUGUUUGCUUUCUUUGUGGGGGUUGGUGGGGAAGGGAGAUGUUAGGCAGAUUGGUGCCUUCUCAAACACCAAAAUGUUAGGCAAAGGGUGCAGAACAGAGAAGAGACAGAAUGUGAACUCGCAGCCAGACAAAAUUUAUUCAGAGAAAGUAAAUCUGCAGAGGUCGACCCACUGCCAUCAGGCUCACAGAGCGAACACAAGGCAGAGGCCUGGGCCCCAGCAGGCUGGGCCCUUUAGUAUUUUAGGUGGGCUAGGGGUGGGGGUAGGGGGACAGUAGGCAGAGAUGGGCUUCUCCAUACUGGUUCUUCAGGUUUGACCCACCUGCUUCCAGCCUGGGGAAGAAUGCAGGGGGUG